CAUAUGGACAUCAAGGAGUAUUUCACCAGAAUUUCUUACUGGGGCACCUACGAGAAGCCGGACCUGCCCACCUUGACAGACAUAUUCCAGCACCACAUCCGAGCAGUUCCUUUUGAGAACCUCAGCAUCCACUGUGGGGAAAGCAUCGAGCUGGACCUGGAAGCAACUUACAACAAGAUAGUGAGGAGGAACCGUGGGGGCUGGUGCAUGGAAAACAACCACCUUUUAUUUUGGGUCCUGAAAACCCUUGGCUACAACGUCACCCUUCUGGGAUCAAAAGUUUAUGUCCCAGAGUACGACACGUAUGCAGAUGAAAUUGAUCAUCUGCUGCUAAAAGUGGUGCUUGAUGACAAAUCCUACAUCGUGGAUGGUGGGUUUGGGAUGGCCUACCAGAUGUGGAAGCCAAUGGAGCUGAUUUCAGGGACAGACCAGUUGCAGACUCCUGGGGUCUUCCGCUUCCUGGAGGAGAGCGGGAUCUGGUACCUGGAGAAGGUGAAAAGGAAGCAGUGGGUUCCAAAUCAAAGCGUCUCCACUUCCCAUAACGUGGACAGAGAAGUUUGCCGUCGGGUUUAUCUCUUUACCCUUCAGCCACGAGACAUCGAAGAGUUCAGAGUCCGCAACGCCCACCUGCAGACAGCGCCAGACUCGCUGUUUGUGACCAAGUCCAUCUGCAGUCUGCAGACAAUGGAUGGCAUCCGGGCGCUGGUGGGCUGGAAACUCACCGAGAUAGAGUACAAUUACAAGGAUAAUACGGAUCUGGUAGAAAUCACCAUCGUCGCAGAUGAAGAAAUGGAGAAAACACUGAAAGAGAAAUUCAAUAUAACGCUAGACAAGAAAUUUGUACCCAUCAAUAUGAGCAGGUUGUCUCUGUUUUAA